GAGAAGAGAUUUCUGCACAGUAAUGACCUGGAGAAGAGAUUUCUGUACAGUAAUGUCCCCUCCAUCCGGGCAGGGGAUGUCCCGUGACUCAGAGCCCGGUUUCCUGCAGGAGUUAAUGGUGUUUGUUUUGCAGGGAAUGUCUCGCCCAGCCCUCUGAGGGCUGUGGGCACAGCCUGGCACAGGUUAGCUCAUGCUGAGCUGGAGAGGAAGUCGAGCCCUGUGAGCAUCCCCCUGUCUGUCCCACUGCUCCCAGACUGCUCCAGUGGACAUUUCAUUUGCUGUGCUGCAAUUUUAGCGUCACUUACAAUCUCCACCUGUGACACAUUCCCUCCCUGCUGCCCAGGGCAGCGCUGGGCAAGGCAGCCUGGAGCUGUUCCAGCCCCCUGACUCCCACCAGGGCCCUGGAUCAGGGAUCCCCAGGCACUGCCACCCGCUCACAGCUGGCUUUUUUCCUUUCCCAUUUCCAUUUUCUGUAAACGGGCCUUCUCCUCGGUUCUGUUCCUGUUAGAACUUGUGGAACUUGGAAUCGCAGGUGGUGUUUGCUCCGGCAAGCCUGGGCUCGGUGGGGGCCGAGGGGUUCGCUCCCCGCCGUGCAGAGCCGUGUGGGCAGCUCGGGGCACGUCCCAUCCCUCCCUUUCUCUUUCAGACAUCCCAGGGUUUCUUCUGGCUCCCCUCGAGCCGCCGGGGCGGGGGCUGGGGGAGGAAUGCGGCGUUACCGCAUUGCUGAGCGCGCCCAGGUGAGCCACACCUCAGCCCGGCUUCCACACACCGUAGCCGCAGGGACUAUAUUUAUUUUUUAUUUUUUUCCAGCUCUGUGCGUCCCCCUGCUCGGAGCUGCUGGUCCUCAGCGUGACGAGCCUGUGUCAGUCGGGGUGGGGAUGGGAGGGGGUGACACCAACACCAACGCGACAGGAGCAGACACCUGGAGUCACCUGGUGAGGCAGCGCGUUUAAAGCCUGCGAGGCUCCGCCGAGCUCAGAGGCUCUCGGGGCUGCCGGGGGGACACGGGGACAGCGCCGGCGCCGCGGGGCACAGGGCACAGGGCAGUCUCUGCAAGCUUCCCCAGGUGUGGCCGAAUGGAGCCUCUGUGCCAGCUGUGGCCGUGGGCAGUGCUUGUCCUGCUGGCUGCCCCACAGCUGCUGGGGGCACAGAGAGCCUGUUCCCAGGGAGCCUGCUACCCUGCCCCCGGGGACCUGCUGCUGGGACGAGCCCCUCACCUGAGAGCCUCCUCCACCUGCGGCCUCAGCAAGCCUGAGACGUACUGCACACCCCACGGACAGUGGAGCAUGAAGUGCUGCAGGUGUGACUCGAGGCUGCCCCACAGCUACAACGGGCACCGCGUGGAGAACGUGCUGUCCUCGGCCGGCCGCGCGCGCUGGUGGCAGUCCCAGAACGGUGUCGAGCGCGUGUCCCUGCAGCUGGACCUGGAGCAGACGUUCCAGCUGGACAGCGUCGUGCUGCACUUCAGGUCGCCGCCCGCGGCGAUGCUGAUCGAGCGCUCCGUGGACGCUGGCAGGACGUGGCAGGUGCUGCAGUACUUGGCCUCCGACUGUGCCACCGCCUUCCCCCGCGUGCCCCGCGGCCCCCCCGAGGGCUGGCAGGACCCCCGGUGCCAGGAGCUGCGGGGACACCCCGUGCACGGGGGCACGGUGAAAUUCAGUGUCCAAGACCUGGGGUCUACAAUCAGCUCCUCUUACAGCCAAGCCAUGGAGAAGCUGGGGCCCUUCACCAACCUGCGCAUCAACUUCACGGAGCUGCCCCACAUCCCCCGCCAGGGCUACCACUCGCCCAGCACCUUCUACGCCGUGACGGAGAUGCAGGUGCUGGGGAGCUGCUUCUGCCACGGCCACGCCGAGCGCUGCACCCCUGCAGGGAGCCAGCACAGCGCGGUCCCUGGGCACUGCGUGUGCCAGCACAACACGGCCGGGCCGCACUGUGAGCGCUGCUCUGCCCUGUUCAACGCCCGGCCCUGGGCACCCGCCGAGGACAGCGACCCCCACGAGUGCCAGCGAUGCGACUGCAAUGGUCACUCGUCCUCGUGCCACUUUGACCCCGAGCUGUACCAGGCCAGCGGCGGGGCCAGCGGGGGGGUGUGUGACCACUGCCAGCACAACACCGAGGGCAACAACUGCGAGCGAUGCAAAACCAACUAUUUCCGUAACCCGCGGCAGGAGCUGAGCCACCCCGAGGCCUGCCUGCCCUGUGAGUGUGACCCGGAGGGCACCGUGCCCGGCUCUGCCUGCGACCCGGGGACAGGGCGCUGUGUCUGCAAGGACAACGUGCAGGGGGACCGCUGCCACCUCUGCAAGCCGGGCUUUGCCCAGCUGGCUGCUGCCAACCCCGCUGGGUGCCGCAGAUGCACCUGCAAUGCCCUGGGGACGCGGCAGGACACGGCGCCCUGCGACGGUGACACCGGCAGCUGCUUCUGCCUGCCCAACGUGGUGGGCAGCGACUGCGGGCAGUGCGCGGCCGGGCACUGGGGGCUGGCCAGCGGGCAGGGCUGCCAGCCCUGUGCCUGCCACCCCCACGGCUCCCACAGCCCCCACUGCAACCAGUUCACAGGACAGUGCCCGUGCAGGGAUGGCUUCACAGGACAGACGUGCUCGGCCCUGGGGCAGCAGCAGUGCCCAGCCAGGCACUACAGGGAUGCACGGGGAGGGUGCACAGAGUGCGACUGCGACUUCCAGGGCACGGAGGAGCCGGGCUGUGACAGCCCCGCGGGCAGCGCGCUCGCUGCCAUCAGGCAGCAGGUCCGAGGCAUAAAUCCCGACCUUCAUUUCCUGGAUGACACUGCCUCGUUAUCCAGAGAGAUCCAAGCCCUCAACAGCAGCUUGAUUGCCACCAGCUCCCAGUACCAGAGCAAGAAGACCCAGUUUGAAAGCAGCCGCAGCACAGACCUGGCAGGAGCUUUCCAGACCAUCCGCUCUGCCUACCAGAGCUCCAGCAGCGCCAGCAGCCUGGCGCAGGGUGCCCCGGGGCUGCUGGCCCAGGCCGGGGAGGGCCGCCGCAGCGCCGCGGGGCUGCAGCGGGACCUGGCUGCGGACACGGCCCGGCUGGUGGCCCUGCAGGGCCAGCUGGCCUCAGCCCCCGACCUCACCCCUGCCAUCAACCAGGUGUGCGGAGGGGCCCGAGUGGAGCCGUGCACCCCUGCCCGCUGCCAGGGGCUGCUGUGCCCUCGGGACAACAGCUCUGUCUGUGCGGCCGGCCAGCCCUGCCACGGCCUCUUCCCGCUGGCCAGCGGCCCCCCCCCCCCCUUCCCGCUGGCCAGCGGGGCCCUGGCUGCGGCCGGGCAAGCGGCCAAGGAGUUCAGCAGCCUGAGCGCCCGGCUCCAGGACACGGCACAGCUGGUCAAGACCACGGAGCUGUCGGCGAGUCAGAUCCAGAGCAGCACGCGGCGGCUGGCGGAGCAGCUGGCGGCGGCCAGGACGCAGGUCCGGGGGGACGUGCGGCGCGUGCGGCAGCUCCUGCAGCGCCUGCGCGGCUUCCUGGCAGACAAGGACACGGAUCCUGCCUCUAUCCAGGAAAUCAGUGAGUCAGUUCUGUCCCUGCGCCUCCCCACGGACGCUGCUGCAGUCCGGAGGAGAAUGGCCGAGAUCCAGAGGCUGGCGACGGCGCUGCAGUGCCCGGAGGACAUCCUUGCCCAGACGGCCGAGGACAUCGCCAGGGCCAAGAGGCUGCAGCAGGAGGCAGAGCAGGCCAGGAACCGUGCGAAGGCGGUGGAGGGCAGCGUGGAGGAGGUGCUGGGGACCCUGCAGCGAGCCAGCGCCGUGCUGCUGGAGGCCCAGGGGGCCCUCAGGGGCUCGGGCUCCUCGCUGCGCUUCAUCCAGGAGCGCCUGGACGAGAUCGAGGCUGUCCUUGGGCCGGCUGAGAAGAACGUGGUGGCCAUGGGGGCCGGGCUGGCCGGGCUGGCCGAGCGGCUCUCGGAGCUGCAGCGGGGCACGGAGCAGAACCGCCUGCGGGCCGGGGACACGCGGGACACGGCGGGGACAGCGGCACAGCGGGCCAGCAGCUGCCGCCAGGCUUUUGCCCAGGUGAAGGAGCUGUACCUGGAGCUGCAGAGCAGGAUGGGGCAGGGCCCGGCGCUGGGGGAGCAGGGCAGGAGGGUGCAGAGCAUCGGCCGGGAGGCACAGGCUCUCCUCCAGGACACCAUGGGCAUCAUGCUCAGGAUGGAAACUUUAGAGUCAGAAAUUCAGGAAGGCAACGAGGCUCUGGUGUCCAGGAUGUCGCGGCUGUCGGGGCUGGAGGAGCAGGUGGGGAGGAUCCGGGACAGCAUCAAGAGCAAAGUCGCCUACUACGAGAGCUGCUCCUGAGCAGUGAGCAGCCCCUGCCCCAGGGCACCGCUGCCCCUCUGCACACACACACUGCUGCAUUCA